GGUGCGAUCGUGGCGUCGUCGAGCGUCCCUGGUGACGACAUUGUCAGCCAGGGCGAUGAUCUGCAAACGACCGCUCUGACCGGUCUGAUCGGUGGCGCGCAAUCCACCUCCGUAUGCUUCCCUACGAAAUUCACGUAUGAUUUCUCGACUAGUCCCGAGACUGGAGGAGUUGGAGCGUGCUUUUCAGAAGACUCAUUACCCUGAUGUGUUCUUUCGGGAGGAACUCGCAGUUCGUAUUCAAUUGACGGAGGCUAGAGUACAAGUAUGGUUCCAAAACCGUAGAGCGAAAUGGCGCAAGCAGGAGAAGCAGUGCAAGAUCGCAACUCACAUGACGUCGUCGCAUUUACCGCCAACAGAUUGUCAAGAAAUGCAGCAGCAACAUCAGUCGCAACAUUCAGAUCACUUGUUACUGGAAUCACCGUACAGUCCUACAUACCUCGGCAUGGAAUGGGCCGGUUUUUCCACCAGCACAGACAGCGCGCCGUCUAUUAUCGUGAAUAAUAUGAACAAGCCAACGGAGACGGAAACUGACAAUAAUCCGCUACUCGACCCCGAAUUGCUGCAAUUGAAGCCUCCACGUUCCUAAUAAUAUUAAAAGUACAUGUAGCAUAACAUUCCAUGUCUUCUGACAAGUUACGCGAUUUAUCAAGUAUAAUAACUAUUUGCAAUACAGUUUUAAUCAGAGAACAUAUUUUGUGCGCGUAAAGCAUGAGAAUUCGAAGGUUGCUGCUUAUCGAAUAAAAUUUUUAUGACGAGAUUUUAACAUUAAUGAUUGUAUUUUCAUGUAAUCAUUAACGAUAUUAUAUGUCACUUAGGAUGAGACCACACGGGGCCUUAUAUAAAUGAUCUAUUUACUGUUGAGAAGCUCGUAUCGCAUUCUCAGAUUAUAAAGAUGGGCGUAUACAUUUUGUAAAAGGAAAGAUGUGUAUAUAGAAUGUUCAAUUUCUCAAACAAAUAUAUUCUAUUAAAGAAGAAAAAUAAUAAA